UGAAGAGAGAACACGACGGGAAAGGACGCACUUUCGGGAUAUAUGAAAUAUCUGAUAAUCGACACGAAGAUAUCCGAGACAGAUCUUUUCACUGUGUGGAUUAUACAGCUGGGAGAUUGAUGUUUGAAACUGGAAUGGAUUUCAGUUUAUGGGAUAUAUAACCGGACUGUGGAAGCUUUGCUGAGAACACACUCGGGUAGAACAAUGAAAGGACAGGCGCUGUUGUUCAUCUCUCUCCUUUCGCUCGGCUCCGUACUUGGGCAGGUCAGUUACACAAUACCGGAGGAAAUGUCGAAAGGCUCUUUGGUCGGUAAUAUAGCACAAGAUUUAGGUUUAGAAACCAAACGAUUAACUGCUGGUAAAGCUCGAAUUUUUACCGGAGACAGCGACGAGUACAUCGAGCUGAACAGAGAAAGAGGAGUCCUCCUUGUUAAAGAGAGGAUCGACAGAGAGGCGCUCUGCAGACAGACGACGCCUUGUGCUUUACAUUUUCAGAUUAUUUUGGAGAAUCCUAUGGAGUUUUACAGUGUGACAGUCCAGAUCACAGAUAUUAAUGAUAACGCACCAACCUUUGAAAAAAGCGAAAUGAAAUUCAAAAUUAGUGAGUCAGCAGUGAUCGGGGCAAAAUUUGUACUUGAAAGAGCCAAUGAUCUUGAUGUUGGAAAUAAUGAUCUUCAAAGUUACGAAUUAAAACCAACAGAUAAUUUUGCUCUGAAACUCCACAGUAACGCUAAUGGCCAUAAAAAUGUUGAGAUGGUGUUACAGAAGCCUUUAGACAGAGAGAAACAGGAGCAGAUCUCUCUCGUGUUGACGGCUGUAGAUGGAGGAGAGCCGCAGAUGUCAGGAACAAUGCUGAUUGUUAUUACAGUUUUAGACGCUAAUGAUAAUGCCCCCGUUUUUACACAACCAACAUACAAAGCUACAGUUACUGAGAACUCACCUAAAGGAACAGUUGUUGCCACUGUUACAGCUUCAGAUGCGGAUCAGGGUUCAAACGGUAAAAUAACUUAUUCAAUCACAAAUACAUUCGAUGAUGUAAGGAGAGUGUUUAAGAUAAACGAGGACAAUGGCGAAGUUACAUUGAUUGGAACUAUUGAUUUUGAGGAUUCACGAAAUUUUCAAAUAAAUGUUCUUGCUAGUGACGACGGAGGCCUCACAGAUUCUUGUAAAUUAAUUGUCGAUGUUCUCGAUGUAAAUGACAACAAACCUGAAAUAAAGAUAAUGUCGAAGUCAACUGUGAUAUCAGAAGAUGCCAAAGUCCAUACAGUGGUUACAAUGAUAAAUAUUGAGGACAAGGACACUGGAGAAAACGGUAAAGUGCAAUGUUAUAUUAGCGACAGUGUACCGUUCAUUUUAAAAACCUCAACAAAUAAUUUCUAUAGUUUAGUGACAGACAGUGAUCUGGACAGAGAGAGAUCCUCUGAGUAUAAUAUAACAGUGACGUGUUCUGAUGAGGGAGUGCCCUCCCUCUCCAGCAGCGUCACUCUCACCUUACAGAUCUCUGAUGUGAAUGAUAACGCGCCUGUCUUUGAGAGGAGCUCAUAUGAGGCCUACAUUGUAGAAAACAACACACCAGGCCUCUCUAUAUUCACAGUGAAAGCCAGAGACGCUGACUGGAACCAGAAUGCCCGUGUUUCUUACAUACUGGAGGACUCCUCUGUUAACGGAGUGCCAGUCUCCUCAUAUGUG